UCUGUCUGUCUUCGGGAGAGAGAUCUAAACUGCCAUCCUGGAAGUCGUCCACCGCCCUGUCCCCCUAUCAUUCCACUGGACUGUUGUGAAGACUUCCUCCACCGUCAUGUCUACCGCUACAGUAGCAGACCGAGGUUCCGUCCGUCCAGUCAGGGGCCCCGGCGACGGCAUGGAGACAGACAAGCCCCCAGUCGCUAAGGAGAUCGGUGUCGUGGAUACGCCUCUGUCUUCGGUGCCACUACUUAAGGUAGCUUGUCCCAAACAAAGCCCCAAGAAGACGCACCCUGCCCCCGCCAGCCUCCAGCACAGCCCCCACUCCACCCCGCAGCAGAGCCCCAGAGCCACCCCGUCUGCGCCCCAGCCCCCCGGGGUGCUCCACCUGGGGAAGGUUCCUCGGGAGGCCUGCAUGGUGGUGGAGGCGGUGAGGAUCGUUGUUCCCCGUGCCGCCAUCAGCCGGAGUGGGGGUCAUGUGGGCCUGGCUGAGGAGAAAGGAGAGGCCUGGGCUGGGCAGCAGAUGGAGGAGCGGCCUCCCUCCCCUCCUCUGGAGGACCUGAGAGGAGCCAUGGAGAAGCUGCAGAACUCAGAGAGAAGACUGCUGCAGGACAAGGAGGGGCUCCUCAACCAGCUCCACGUGCAGACUGAGGUGAACAGAGAGUUGAAGAAGCUGCUGGUAGCCUCUGUAGGUGAUGACCUGCAGUACCAUUUUGAGCGUCUGGCCAGAGAGAAGAACCAGCUGAUCUUAGAGAACGAGGCUCUGGGUCGCAGCCGGGCCUCCACAGCAGAACAGCUGGAACGCAUGUCUAUACAAUGUGAUGUCUGGAGGAGCAAGUUCCUAGCGUCCAGAGUGAUGGCGGAGGAGCUGACCAAUGCCAGGGUUUCUCUCCAGCACCAGACCAGAGAGGCUCAGAGCGCCAUAACAGACCUGCUGAGUGAGAGAGACGAGUUCUCUAGAGACAUGAUGCUAACCCACAGGUCUCUGGAGCAGCUGCUGGUCUCUCUCCAGUGGGGUCGACAGCAGACCUACUACCCCAGUGGCCAGCCACUCAGCACGGGAGAACUAGCCCUAGCCAAUCACAAGCUGGCGGACGCCAUCAACUCCCGCCUGCUGGGGAAGGUUGGGCCAGUAGGGAGCAGCAGUGGAGCCGGGCUGGGGAAAGGAAGACAGAUCUCAGAGCUCCCUAACACCUCACACACGCCUGCUGAGAAGAUGGCUGAGAAGGUGUUGAAGAUCCUGGACCCUAUUUCCCGUUCAGACAACGAGGAAGAGCCCUCCCCCCUCUCUAUCUCCGACUCCUCCCCCUCGGCCUUCCUGACCAAUAAGAAGAGCAUCGGCCGGUUCCACCCUUACACUCGCUAUGAGAACAUCACCUUCAACUGCUGCGAGCGCUGCAGCGGAGACAUCCUGGUCCUCUAGGGGUCAGAGGGCAGGGGUCGUGACCUUUAACCUGGACAGGUCGACGCAGGCCGCUGUGAGGAACACCAGCCGGCUCUCCCUCCGUCGAACCGUCUGGUUUCACAGCGGCCUCAGAGCGGGACUUGACUGGAAGCACGGCAGAAGCUGACGAAACAACCGCUGAUUUUAAUUGGCUGAUCUCUCUCAGUCCGUCACCGUCUCAUAACUCUUAGAACCUCCCACGACAUUGUGGGCUUCAGAACGUGAGCAGAGCAAGUGAUUUAAACAAGGAAGUGAGUUCGGAGAAUCUGAAAAUGUUCCAUCUUAGAAUCAAUGGGGCUUCCCCAAAAAAAUAUGGUCAAAGUUGGACCACGGACGGCCGAGUGUCUGUGGGUUUCUGGUCCUUCCUUGUACUUGACUGGUGAAUUAGUAAGGAACUCUCCUCACCUGGUUGUCUAGGUUACUGAUUAGUAAGGAACUCCCCUCACCUGGUUGUCUAGGUUACUGAUUAGUAAGGAACUCCCCUCACCUGGUUGUCUAGGUUACUGAUUAGUAAGGAACUCCCCUCACCUGGUUGUCUAGGUUACUGAUUAGUAAGGAACUCCCCUCACCUAGUUGUCUAGGUUACUGAUUAGCAAGGAACUACCUUCACCUGGUUGUCUAGGUUACUAAUUAGUAAGGAACUACCUUCACCUGGUUGUCUAGGUUACUGAUUAGUAAGCAACUACCUUCACCUGGUUGUCUAGGUUACUGAUUAGUAAGGAACUCCCCUCACCUGGUUGUCUAGGUUACUGAUUAGUAAGGAACUCCCCUCACCUGGUUGUCUAGGUUACUGAUUAGUAAGGAA